AGAAUUUGGGGGCAGAGUUUCUUUAGUACUCAUAGUGAUUGAUUCCGUAUUUAGGGGAAUAAAGUGUGAUUUCAAGCGAAUAUUAAACAAACCAUUUCGAGUCAGAGUCUCUCUACCAAAGUGGGUCUUACCAAAACAAACGCACAAGUUACCAAAAUUAGAUACAUUUAAUCAACACUUCUGUACCUCAUUUGUUCACGCAGAACUUUUCAGAACCAUAGAAGAGUAUGACUAAAGUGCAGGCUCAGUUUCUGGUGGUGUAUCUGAACAAUGAGAACUGUGAGGAGAGCAAGAAGCUCAUGCAGACACUCAUGAAAGACUCCUUCCCCAACACAGUCAAGAGCUGCAAGUGGAGGUCCAGCACAGCCCCAAGGUCCCACUUCCAGUUCGAAAUCACCCAGGAGGGAAAAACAUUUGAGAUGGAUCUUUUCUGCUUGAAUGGAUCUGAGGAAUCCCUGAAAGGAAGUGACUUCCUGACAGACGACGGAACCCACAGGUCACUCAACAUGGAGUUAGUAAAGGGAUUUGUGGUGGUGGGUAGUCUAGAUGACCAGAAGGAGAGAAAGUACAAGGAGAUCAGAGAAGAGGCCAAAAAGAGAAUCCCUCUCUUUCGACAAGACAAAGGUCUGGGUGCAAAAGACACUAACUUCAUAGUGGGAAUCCAGAACAACGUGGAGGGACUGGACAAGGACAAGAUAGUGAAAAAGGUGAAGGACCACAAGGAGUGGGACAGCAGCAAGACUGUGUGUGCAUCCAACAACAAGGAACUACUCGAGGGACUAGUCAAGGCCAUACAAUGAAGAAGGCCAUACUAUAGUGAAGGCCAUACAACAGAAAAGGGACAUGAGUCGACAAAUCAUGAAACUAUGAGAUCAAAUAAGGAUCGAAAAAUGUUCGAAUCCAUCAUUUUAAUGUCCUCAUGCAAUUAAAGAUUGGCCGAUUAAAUCAAAUUUGAAUACUCUAAUUUAAUUUGUAUUGUCGGAAAUAAUUUAUCAUCUAUUAAUUAACAAAGAUAUUGAUGUAAUAAAUAAUCAAAACAUUUUUAUAUAAUUUCAA